AGGAGCCACCAUGGAACCUCGCCGGGUUGCGGGGCCGACGGAACCGCGGGCCGGCGUCUGAAGCGAGAGAAACGCAGCACAGUGAGAGCCACCAGGGACACUCAGGCCGGUCCUGUGGCUGCCGCCAUGUCGGUACUGGGCGAGUACGAGCGACACUGCGAUUCCAUCAACUCGGACUUCGGGAGCGAGUCCGGGAGUGGUGGGGACGCGGGCCCGGGGCCCAGCGCCGGUCCUGUGCCGCGAGCCGGCGGCGGCGCGGCGGAGCAGGAGGAGCUGCACUACAUCCCCAUCCGCGUCCUGGGCCGCGGCGCCUUCGGGGAGGCCACGCUGUACCGCCGCACGGAGGAUGACUCAUUGGUUGUGUGGAAGGAAGUUGAUUUAAUCCGACUGUCUGAGAAGGAACGUCGUGAUGCCUUGAAUGAGAUUGUUAUUCUGGCACUGCUGCAGCAUGACAAUAUUAUUGCCUACUACAAUCACUUCAUGGACAAUACCACCCUGCUGAUUGAGCUGGAAUAUUGUAAUGGAGGGAACCUGUAUGACAAAAUCCUCCGUCAGAAGGACAAGUUGUUUGAGGAAGAGAUGGUGGUGUGGUACCUAUUUCAGAUUGUUUCAGCAGUGAGCUGUAUCCAUAAAGCCGGAAUCCUUCAUAGAGAUAUAAAGACAUUAAAUAUUUUUCUGACCAAGGCAAACUUGAUAAAACUUGGAGAUUAUGGCCUAGCAAAGAAACUUAAUUCUGAGUAUUCCAUGGCUGAGACACUUGUGGGAACGCCAUAUUACAUGUCGCCAGAGCUCUGCCAAGGAGUAAAAUAUAAUUUCAAGUCUGAUAUCUGGGCAGUAGGCUGUGUCAUUUUUGAACUGCUUACACUGAAGAGAACAUUUGAUGCUACAAAUCCACUCAACCUGUGUGUGAAGAUUGUACAAGGAAUCCGGGCCAUGGAAGUUGAUUCUAGCCAGUACUCUUUGGAACUGAUCCAAAUGGUCCAUGUGUGCCUCGACCAGGAUCCUGAGCAAAGACCCACUGCGGAUGAAUUGCUAGAUCACCCUCUUCUCAGGAAACGCAGGAGAGAGAUGGAGGAAAAAGUCACACUGCUUAAUGCACCUACAAAGAGACCAAGGUCAAGCACUGUGACUGAAGCACCCAUUGCUGUGGUAACAUCGCGAACCAGUGAAGUCUAUGUUUGGGGUGGUGGGAAAUCUACUCCCCAGAAACUGGAUGUCAUCAAGAGUGGCUGUAGUGCCCGGCAGGUGUGUGCAGGGAAUACCCACUUUGCUGUGGUCACAGUGGAGAAGGAACUGUACACCUGGGUGAACAUGCAAGGGGGUACUAAACUUCAUGGUCAGCUGGGCCAUGGAGACAAAGCCUCCUACCGACAGCCAAAGCAUGUGGAGAAGCUGCAAGGCAAAGCUAUCCAUCAGGUGUCAUGUGGUGAUGAUUUCACUGUCUGUGUGACAGAUGAAGGUCAGCUCUAUACCUUUGGAUCUGAUUAUUAUGGCUGCAUGGGGGUGGACAAGGCUGCUGGCUCUGAGGUACUAGAACCCAUGCAGCUGAACUUCUUCCUGAAUAAUCCAGUGGAGCAGGUCUCCUGUGGAGAUAACCAUGUGGUGGUUUUGACACGAAACAAAGAAGUCUAUUCUUGGGGCUGUGGCGAAUAUGGAAGACUGGGUUUGGAUUCAGAAGAGGAUUAUUAUACACCACAAAAGGUGGAUGUUCCCAAGGCCUUGAUUAUUGUUGCAGUUCAAUGUGGCUGUGAUGGGACAUUUCUGCUGACCCAGUCAGGCAAAGUGCUGGCCUGUGGACUCAAUGAGUUCAACAAACUGGGUCUGAAUCAGUGCAUGUCUGGCAUCAUCAACCAUGAAGCAUACCACGAAGUUCCCUACACAACCUCCUUUACCUUGGCCAAACAGUUGUCCUUUUAUAAGAUCCGUACAAUUGCCCCAGGCAAGACUCACACAGCUGCUAUUGAUGAGCGAGGCCGCCUGCUGACCUUUGGCUGCAACAAGUGUGGACAGCUAGGCGUUGGGAAUUAUAAAAAGCGUCUAGGAAUCAACCUGUUGGGGGGACCCCUAGGUGGGAAGCAAGUGAUCAGAGUCUCCUGCGGUGAUGAGUUUACCAUUGCUGCCACUGAUGAUAAUCACAUAUUUGCCUGGGGCAAUGGUGGUAAUGGUCGCCUGGCAAUGACGCCCACAGAGAGACCUCAUGGCUCUGAUAUCUGUACCUCAUGGCCUCGGCCUAUUUUUGGAUCUCUGCAUCAUGUUCCAGACCUAUCUUGCCGUGGCUGGCACACCAUUCUCAUUGUUGAGAAAGUAUUGAAUUCUAAGACCAUCCGUUCCAACAGCAGUGGCUUAUCCAUUGGAACUGUGGUUCAGAGCUCCAGCCCGGGCGGCAGCGGUGGUGGCGGCGGCGGGGGAGAAGAGGAGGACAGUCGUCAGGGAUCUGAAACUCCUGACCCAAGUGGAGGCUUCAGAGGAACGAUGGAGGCAGACCGCGGAAUGGAAGGUUUAGUCAGCCCCACUGAGGCCCUGGGCAUCAGCAGUGGGGCCAGCAGCUCUUGUCCUGGCUGGCUUCGAAAGGAGCUGGAAAAUGCAGAAUUCAUCCCCAUGCCUGACAGCCCAUCUCCCCUAAGUGGAGUUUUUUCAGAAUCUGAGAAAGAUACCCUGCCCUAUGAAGAGCUACAAGGACUCAAAGUGGCCUCUGAAGCGCCUUCGGAACACAAGCCCCCAGUAGGAGCCUGGCCACCUCGGCUGAAUCCUGCAGGAACAUGUGCUGGGAAAGGAAUACCCCUGACUCCUCCUGCCUGUGCAUGCAGCACUCUGCAGGUAGAGGUUGAGAGAUUGCAGGGCCUGGUAUUAAAGUGUCUGGCUGAACAACAGAAGCUACAGCAAGAAAACCUCCAGGUUUUUACCCAACUACAGAAGCUGAACAAGAAAUUAGAAGGAGGGCAGCAGGUGGGGAUGCAUUCCAAAGGAACUCAAACAGCAAAGGAAGAGGUGGACAUGGAUCCAAAGCCUGACUUAGAUUCAGAUUCCUGGUGCCUCCUGGGAACAGAUUCCUGUCGACCCAGCCUCUAGCUUCCUGAGCCUGUCUAGCCCCCAGGAAACUGGGAUCCAGAGAACUUCACAGCACACUUACUGAAUGCAGAGCGCGCUUUCCUGGCUUUGUUCACUUGCAGACAAGGAGCGCAAGGCAGAGGCUCUGGCGCACUGUCCAUGUACACUUGGAGAGCGGCACUGCCUGUUAGAUAGGAUCUAGGAGUGGUUUUGUUUGGGAGAAUGGAAGGGCCCCACAGCCCUGGCUUUGUCCUCAGUGACUGCCAUCGCAGCAGCAGCUCUGUACCUCAUCUGGCGGGCCCACCUUUGAAGAGGAGACACAAUGCUCACCUUAAUUUUGCUGGUAGCAGCUUGUAUCCCAUUUAUCAUUUUCACCAUGAAUUGGAAGCUGCCUUGGGAAUUCAAAACCAGGCAUUGCACCUCUGGGUGGAGGAGGGAAAAGUGUAAAGCUGGAAUGGGCUGGAACCAGAUGUGGCUUGUCCAGGGUCAUCUGGAGAGUGGUGAAGUGUCCUGAGCCCUCUCAGGAGCCCUGAGGCCAGGAAGAUCCAUCGGAUGGAGUCAAUCUAGGGCUUCUUUUCAGAAAGUGGAGCUACUUCGUGCAGCUACAUGAGUUAGGAGGAACAGUGGGCUUAGAUUGCUUUUCUUCUGAAGGUUAAUUGAAAUUUUUUCAGUGAGCAGGAGAGAAGGAAGGGCAGGCCUUUCCUCGUCACACAGCUGGCGUUUCAGGCUGUGGCGAGGCAGGGUGGGUUUGCCUAGCUUUGGAAGAUACCGACUGCCAAGAGAUGAGGUGCCUCGUAGAGCAUUGAGUCAGUGGGGCAGUAGGAAUGGCCUUAAGAGAAAGCCGUGAGGGAGACAUCUCCUUCAGCUGGCUCGACUUGGUAUCUUUGAGAGGGCCUCGAGUGACUGAGUCUUCUGCCCAUGAGAAGACUUCUUAGGCCUCUGACAUCGUGGCGCUUAGGGUUCUAAUCUUGACAUCAGCAGCCCCAACCACUCCCUUCCUGUGUGUCUAGUCAGUAUUUUUCCCCUUUUUGGUGUUUUAUGAAGCCAUAUCAGUGAAUCUGCAUCAUCUUUCCUACUUGAGUGACCCAAGGCCAGCGCCAAGACCUGGUAGUCCCUGAAGCCUAACAGAACAGGUAGAACCUGCCAAGUGAAAGGAAUUUGGCCAAGAGCUCCUUCUAGUCAUUGUGUAGUCAUUGUGUCCUUAUAGACAGGCGUGAGCUAGCUUUCCCAGAGAAAGUGUCCUAGAAGCAUCUGAUGCUUUUCCUUAAGGAUGUGAGCUUUGAGUUUCCACUUCGGCUCAUGUGAAAGCUUCCUGUAGUAUUUUGGGUCACAGGAGCUGCCUUGAUGAGCCUCACAUCCUACCUCCCUAGAAGCGGCUACAUUAAUCUUUGUUUCAUUUUCCCUAAACCAAAAAAAAAAAAAAAAAUGAUGUCUGUUUCAUAUUUUUGGGAGGACCUGUGCAGUGGAAAUUUUGCCAUUUCCCUGAAACUGAUGUAAAGGCUGAUGCUCUGGGAAAACCCCAUGGCUGGGGAUGGGCAACUCGGUUCAAUGGGUUCUUUGGUUUGACGUUCCCAUUGUUUUCUCGUUCUGGGAAACCCAUUUCAAUGGUACUAAUGUAAUCAUCGAAGCCUUUUUCUUAAAAUAAAGGAAGGGGCCAACCCUGGGUUAAGCUACAAGUUUCUAGGGACUUGGGGUUUGCUAUAAACCCUAACAAUGUGUUUUGAUUCAUCAUGUAAAUGCAACUUUUUUUUUUUUCUUUUUUUUUUUAAAGGACUGGCCUUUCACGUUCCUGUAUUCCUCAAGCCUAGCAGUGGCUUGCUGUGGUCGUUUCCUCUAGCAUGUUUCCUCAGAAAGCCGAAGUUUGCUAUUAAUCUAAAAAUCUUAAGUUCUGUGCCUUAGAGACAACUUGCACUUUCCCAAAUUGUGCCUGGGACAGCCAUAUGAUUUUUUCCCCCACCAAACAUCUGUGUAAACAGAAACCAGUUUAAAGGUGGCAGCCGUGCAUUAGAUAAAAAGUGAAAGGUGAGGCAGCAGAAAUGCCUUUGAAUGAUUUUCUGUAGCUCAUUCUCUAAAAAUCGUAUCAUACUUUUUUUCUCUAUGCAGUGCUAGGUGUAUUUCCAGUAGUAUUGCUUUUGAGUUAUAGUAUAACCGGAGUUACUCCUCUGCUCUGACAUUGUUGCCGAAGAACAAGCUUCUUGUUAGAUGUUUGAAAGGUUGAGGGUGGAGUGGUUUGGCAUUUCUGUUUUAAAUAAACAUUAAAUUCUCAAUCAGUGCUAUGCCUCAGUAAGUCUGCACAUGGACCUUAGUCACUGGGGAUAAAACGCUCAGCUUCUAGACCUUCAUGAAUCUUUGAUUCAGUGAGUCUUUAUAUAAAUAAGUGGUCCAUAACAGAAUGCAAGGGACAUGUGCACAGAAAUAAUCUUUGCUUCUUUUCAAUUUAUUUUUCUUGCUAACAGGAUCAUUGCUGCAGCUUUUCCCAACUUUCUAAAAUAUAGAGGGACAAAAAAAAAUGAGCCAUUAAAUGAGAGGAAGAAUCACUUCUUGUACUUAGCUCCCUAAUCACAGUGGGCUUUUUCAAGUGAUAAUACCAGUUUAUGUUUAUAAGACUUUUCCCUCAGAGAGGUUGAACUGUAUUUGGUCCCCUUGGCAUACAUAGCACAGCCAAGUCACAACUUCUCCUGGCUGAACAUUUCACUCAAGUUUAAAGCAAAAGCAGCCUUAAACUCACAUUUCAUUUGGUUUGCCAUGUAUUGGGAAACAUUCAUGAUAGAACAAAUCUGGAGCAAAGAUGUAUUAUAAGUUCUUUCAACUGAGUAUCCCUGGGCCCCCGAAGAAGUAUUAUUCAUGAUAGUGUCAGAGCAGAGUGGGUUGUAGUCAGGACCACAAAACGUGUUCCUUCCUGUGGCAAAGCCAGAAAUCAUUUAUUGCUUCAAUGAUUAACUAUAGAAGUAAACAUACUAAUCACUAAACCUCACAGAAUCGUAACAUUAGGGAGAAAAACAGUCACAUCUCUGCUACCUCCUGUAUAGUGAAGAGUAAUAGAUGGAUGACAAAAAGAAAAUGUUGGCCAAAACGUACUGUGCCAACAUUAGGAAAUACAUGCUGUUAAGAAGCACUGUGUCAGCUACACUUCUAAAUGAAGUGAGUUUCCCUGUGAGAUUUUCCCCACUGCUUAACCUUUUGAACUUUAAAAUUUAUAACAUGUACUAAAGGUUCUUGGAUAAAGUCGUGUAUAAUUCAUGGACACUAACAAGCAGCAUUUAUUUCUCCACCAUCCUCUGCUAUCCAGGAAGGGUCUUUUAGAAAAAGGUUUCUAACCUCUUUCCAAAGAUCAGAUUAAGGUAUAUUUAGAAGACUAAUGUAAUCAAGGCCUAAGCAUAUUGAGAUCAAAGGGAACACUAAGACAUUGACUCUUAUUUCUCUAGCAGCAUAACAAUGAAUGACUGCUUCCUGUGUCUGUAGAAAGCGCGCGCACACGCACGCACGCACGCAUGCACGCACGUUUCCCCUGGAAGGCCCUGAUGUGUGACCUUAAUAACAUCCAGGGAUCCCAAACCCAAGUGCCUAUGGGGGAGGCAGAUGCAAAUAAGUGAAGCAGGCCAGGUGAGGCUGUAGUGAUCUGAGUGCUCCCUCCCACCUGACGGGGCAACUGAUUCUGAACCCCACUCAAUUAAUGCUAUGCAGGGUUGCUGGCCAGGUGUUUCCAGAACUUGCAAUUUUUUAAGAGAUGUUCCAUAGCCCAAUUUUUAAAUGCCAGAUUAUGUCUUUGGUGCUGUGCCAGCCAAAUAAAACAUCUGUGUGGCAAAGCAGUCCACAGGCUACCACUUUGUGAUCUUGGCCACAGCUCAUUCUUGCCGUCUAUUGUUUUUACCUUCAAGUAUGAAACAAAGUGUGUACCUCAUUAAACUUGCCUGGAGAAUGUG